AUGGAAAUUCUCCUAUCACCUCUGCCAUUUAUAACCUAUCAUUCACAAUUGCCCAGCUUAACAUUCAAAAUUCCGAUCUACAUCGAUCUAGAUCAGCAACUGGAUUUGAUGUUGAAGAUAACUUUCUACAUUGAAUUAGUAAUUCUCAUCCCAUCAAUGAUUAUCCUGUCGUAUUUUGUAUGGAUUGUUUAUACACUAUCUUUGGUUCAUCGAAAUAUUUCGAUUAUCAUUGUUAUUGUGGCGAUGCAUUUCAAUAUCAGUGGAAUUUCGAGGUUUUAUAUUCUACUGGUUCAGUUGAACGUGAUACCUGGUGAGUUCUUAUAGCAAAACAUCUGUUUUAUGUAGGCGAGCCAAAACAUCAGUGCGUAUUUUCAGAACAUCCUCUAGCUCUCCUGAUCUCCUCACUUUCUCGAAUCGAAUUCUAUGGCUGUGUAAUCGGUGGAUUUCCGUUAACCGCAUUCGAGAGAUUUUGCGCAACAUAUUUUGUCAGUGAUUAUGAAUCCACCAAACGAAACUGGCUAUUAUUGAUAAUAGUCUCAGCUCUAAUUACAAUUCCACAACCGUUAGUAUUUCUUACUUUGCUCACUGAUUAUCCCCUGAUUAUUCCACUCGGAGGAUCGGUUUUGGUAAUCAUCGGAAGUCAGAUGAUUUUUCAUAUCUUGUACCAGUACAAUGUUAUUGUGAGUCUGAAAAUGAAGAAGAAUCCGAUGAUGUAUACAUUGGGUAAGAAGUUUCAACUUGAGGAGAAUCUACACGUCAUGUGGGUGAGUUAGGUUAAGAAGAUCUGAAACGUAAGAAAUCCUGCAAAAAAUCAUAAAAAAUAUGCUAUGUCUUUUUCCUAUCCCUUUUUCGUCUCGCGUCUCUUCACCACUCACACGCUAAUUUUUACUCUCUCACUGUACGCAAUAUUGCGUCGCAGUGUUUGCACACAUCAACCAAGCUUCACUAAAAUGUUAACUUCCAGAUUCUUCGUGGAGCUGGUUUAAUGCUCAUAAUCCUUGCCUUGUUUCUCUGCGCAAUUUUGAUUUUCCCAUGGAAAUCCGUGAUUAGUUUCGAUAACUUCACCGAAUUUUAUUGCUUUAUUGAUCUUAUUAUCGCACUAGCUUCCAUAGUUUUACCAAUUUUCAUGGGACGCAUUAUGUACGUCAAAAAACAUCCAGGAUUUCUGCGCAAAAUCAAUUGGAUGUUGCGAUCAAGAAAACCAAUAAUUUCUCCAGCGCGGGCUGUGAUUCGCGAUGAAACUUCGGUGUAUUUUAGACAAUUGGAAAUGUCGUGGAGAUGA